AUGCCUCCAAAAAAGGCAUCGCCUGCAGCAAAAACAGCUCCUAAAACUACAACACAAAGGUCUGCAGCAAGGUCUACCACUAAACCCGUGCAGGGGACGAAGAAGCCAAGCACGACAGCUGCCAAACCAGGGGCUAGCGGCGUGAAGGCCGGGGCUACAGCAAAGAAAGGUGGUACAUCGCCUACUAAAGGACAAUCCAAAGGAAAGGAGACCUCCGCAGCGCCUCAGGUACUUGAAAAUGGUCCCAGUACAAAUCUGCCCCUUUUGUUUCCAUGGUAACUUUUGAUAUCAGCAUUUAACGUCAUUAGCGGGGUCUAUUUAAGCAAUAGAAAACGUUUUCCGUGUUUGCAUAGCCUGAUAUAAACCCAAGAGGGGUUGGGAGAAUUCAAGACAGUUAUGCAAACCCUGGACUUCAUCUCAGGUUUGCACAAUUAACUGUCUCGAAUUCUCCCAACCUCUCUCCCUAAUUUUGAGCCCUAAUAUGCUCAUUGUAUAUAAAAAGGAAUACCUGAUUCCAGGUUACAAGGCAGGUUGUGCACCAUGAGUGUAUGAGAUUGGCCUAAUUUUCUUGAAAAAAUUGAAAUUUUAUCAACUGAGAGCAGAACCCCCUGCUCCCGCCCCCCAACCAGGCCCACCCUCAUGAGCACAAUCAUCCCAUUCAUUAUGACAUGGAUGUGGCGAGGACAUCAUAGAGAGUCUUAAAUGAGGUACAGACUGGUGUCAAACAUAAGUGUCUUGUCAGUGAUGAGAAACAUGUACCUGCAAAAAUGUCACAGCAGAAACCUCACUACAUGAAUGAUCCAAAUCAUUUUAAAAUUUUGGGAAAAUUGUCUGCAAUUAUUCAGAACUAAAACACAGAAAAAGUCAAUAUGCAAUGUUAUCCUGUAGAUUUGGUGAUCCAUUUGAGAGAGAAGGAAACUUGUGCUAUAUCUGGGAGAGUUGGCAUACCUGCAACCCAGUUGUUAAUUUCAAUGUAAUUUUGUAAAAAUUAGGCUUAUCUCUUUACUUUUUUUGACAAACAACCUUCAUAUUUUUAAAAGGCUAAAGGCAAGAAAUGGACAAAACAGGAUGAAUCUGCUGUUGUCAUACAGAAAUAUGCCAGACGUCAUCUGGCUAAAAAAGAGCUAGAAAAAAGGAGAAAAGAGAAGCAGGACUAUGAAGAGUUAAUGGACAAGAUUCAAAAGGAGGUUGGCUGACAUUUCAUUCUAUAAGUAAUUGACAGUAUAUUGAUCAGUUAAUCAGUAAUGAUUGUGGUUAUCCAACAUGAUUAAAACUUUGUGUUUCUCAAAAGUUUCAACCUGGUGUCAUUCAAACAAAACUAGCCAGCUUAAUAAGUAGCUUGAGCAAAGCAACAUCUUACCAAAAAAAAAAAAAAGUGAGCUCCUUUUGAAGUGCUAAAUUUACAUUUCUUUGUCUACAAGUUUUCAAAAUGUGAAAUGGAUGUAGGAAAUUGAAUGAUAAAGCAUUGCUCUGAUGUGGUAAUUGAAUUACCUUUUAAAACAGAUUAAAUUCUAAUUUUGUUGUUGGCAUGGAUGAAACAAUUGACAACAGCUUGUUGGAAGGAAAUUUUAUUUCAGGCCCUUGGGCCCGUUUCUCAAAAGUCCCGAUAAUUAACGGGCCCGGUAAGCUGUCUCCGUUUACAUUAAAGAUAGAGGUUUCAAUAGUUUUGCAUCUAACACGGUAAAACUGUCAGUUAAUGAAACAAAAUGGAGUAGUUUGCUAGCCAGGACCCGUGCUCUUAUUCUUUAUAUUUCGAUUUGAAUAUUUGAUUUCGGGCCCGUAAAGGUACAGGGACUUUCGAGAAACGGGCCCCAGGUCUUGGCUUUAUUGUUGGUCUUGCUUAUAGUGAAGCUUUACUGAAAUCCAGCAUUUGUCUGUUUGAACCCCAUUGCAUGUAGCGGUCACUAAUCUCUCCAGCAUUGCAAGUUGUCAGAGGAUGAUACCCUUAAGGCUGUGCAAUAAAGCAUUAUAAUUUGGUUCUCUAUAUUUUAUUAAUUAACAGUAAAAAAAUGCACUGAAGUAAGUAUUAUACUAAAUUGUUAUAAUUAUUAUGUUUUAAUUUUGAUAUUGAUGGCAGGCUUGGCUAAAGCUAGUGCAGAUGGAACGAGAAGAAGCAGAGCGUGAGCGAAAGAAAGAGGAAGAAGAGAGAAGAAAAAGAAAAGAAGAGGCAAAAAGAAAAAGUAGAAUUCUUGAAGCUGCCUUUGAUGGGGAUAAUGAUGAAAUUUUAACCGUGCUAGAGGAG